AAAUGGCGGAGGUUGAUAAAUAAACCAACAGAACAGGUAGGAGUAACACCUCUCUCUCAAUAAUAAAUGUCUCCAUCUACCAACUGCUACAUGAGUUAGCGCCAACAACACAACACAACACAUCGUGUCUCUUUCUACUUGUCUCUCACACGCUUGCCUCGUGCGAGAUAACUAGUUGUGUGUAAAUGCGGUAGUUAUGGUAAGCUCAGAUCAUUGUUAAUGGUGGGGUCUACUCUCUCUUUCUCUCUCUACAGACAGCUAUUAACAAUGAGAGUGAGAGAGAGAAAAACCUUGUUGUAAUAGUCCCCACUUACUUUUGAAUCUUCUUUCACUCCAACCUUUUUGAUCUCUCAUAUUAUGCUUCUUUUUCAUCUUCAAAUGCUUACACUCACCUUUUGACUCUUGUGGAUAUGAAGAACUUUAAUAUGUUGCUCUUGUUCAUUCUUCUUCUUUGUUCGCGUGAAUCCCACGGCAGUAGAGUUGAUCAUGCUCAAGGUCACAUUCAAUUGGAUAACCGUGUGGGCUCCAUGUUGCCCCAAAUCGCACCAGUUGGCGCUCCGCAGGGACUGCAACCCUUUCUUCCUCUUAUUGCGCCUUCACCAUUGACUCCAUUCACCAAUAUUACCACCCCAAAGUUAUCAGGACUCUGCACUUUGAACUUCACCACUGCCAAAAGUUUGCUAAGCGUGACGGCAAUUGAUUGCUGGGGAUUUUUCGCGCCUGUUCUGGCUAAUGUAAUAUGCUGUCCGCAAUUGGAAGCCACUCUCACUGUUCUCGUCGGUCAAUCCAGUAAAUAUACCAAUGUACUUGCCUUAAAUGGGACCACUGCUAAACAUUGCCUUUCCGAUGUGGAGCAGAUUUUAAUGGGACAGGGUGCAAAUGGUGAUCUGAAGCAAAUAUGUUCGGUUAAUUCUUUGAAUCUCACGGAGGCAUCUUGCCCGGUAAAACAUGUGAAUGAUUUUUAUGACAUGGUGAAUACUACUAAGCUGCUUAGUGCUUGUGAGAACAUUGAUCCCGUGAAAGAAUGCUGCUACCAAAAUUGCCACAAUGCUAUAUUAGAAGCAGCUACAAAAAUUGCAUCAAAAGGUUCAAAUGUUUUGGACUCAGACGCAUCACAUGUUCUACCUGAACAUUCGAUUCGGGUCAAUGAUUGUAGAAAUAUAGUACUCCGGUGGAUAGCUAGUAAGCUUGAUCCGUCUCACGGAAAGAAAGUUCUUAGAGGACUGUCUAAUUGCAAUAUCAACAAAGUUUGUCCACUUGUUUUGCCUGACGCAAAGCAUGUUGCCCAGGGGUGCGGUAAUGGGAUAAGUAACAAAACAGCCUGCUGUGGUGCCAUGGAAAGCUACGUGUCUCACUUGCAGAAGCAGAGUUUCAUCACUAACUUGCAAGCUUUGGGUUGUGCAGAAUCUUUGGCAAUGAAAUUAAAAAAGUUGAAAAUCGUCGAUGAUGUUUAUAGUCUUUGUCACAUAAGCCUUAAGGAUUUUUCACUUCAAGUUGCAAAUCAAGAAUAUGGCUGUCUAUUACCUAGCUUGCCUUCAGAUGCUGUUUUCGACCAAACUUCUGGAGUUAGCUUCAUUUGUGAUCUAAAUGACAAUAUUCCAGCUCCCUGGCCUUCUGCAUCUCAAGGAUCUUCUUCAACGUCGUGCAAUAAAACAACUGUCAUCAUACCUGCUCUUCCGGCUGCUGCUGCAUCUGGCCAAAAUUGUCUCUACAGUCGCGACGUGCUGAUAUUCCUUCUUGUCAAUUUAUUCUUUCUCGUGAUGGCACUCGUGUAACUUACGAGAGCUUUCUUGUUAGUUAGACGCAGCUUUACUAGUCCUUCAACGAUAAGGGCUUUCGAAUAGAUGUUAAUGUCAAAGGCUAAUUCUCAUUAAAAUGUAGCUGGUUUUAUGGCCGAGAGGUCCGAGUUGGAGGUGAAGCCCGAUAUGUUUCUGAUCCUUAUUGAUUAAUGAUUAUUAUGUGCUUUGUGCAAUAAUUUUUUUGUAUAUAUGAAAUUUAGAAAGCAUAGGUUAUACAAUAACCUACAUGUCAGAGAUUGAAAUGUAUACCUGAAUUAAUGUUGAAGUUGGUUUUGUAAUUAGUACUUAGUAAUUAGUACCUGAA